AUGUUUAUAAAAAACUUCUUUAAGAAACAAUCAAGAUUUGAGAGAAAACUAUUCGAAUCAUCAAUAUUUGAUAAUCAAGAAACUGUUGAUCUAGAAGAUGUAAAAUAAAUGUUACAAGGUAAAUUUGAUUAAAUCUAUAUAGGAUUUCCAUGUUUAUCAGAAAUUGACUAAUUAGUUUAAAGUAUGACUUUAGUUUAAGUGUGUCGUGAAUUUCUGAGACUCAUCCCAUAAACACUAGACAAUCAUAAAAAGCUUAAAGUUCUUCUCACUAUGCAUGUACUAAUGGGAGAUGUCAAACAUGGUAGAUUAUUUGUAUAGUAAUUAAAUUACUUUAAUGGUUGGGUACCAACUAAUAAAGAGGACAUCUUAAAUAAAUUCAUAGGAAUUCAAACUAUGAUAAUACAUAAACUUGCUAGCAUAUAAGAUAUAUGUACAAGAAGCAAACUCAAAACAAGCAUUGAGAUAUUUUUCAAAGAUAUUGAUACAUCAGUAAUUCAAUUCUACAAAGCUAUUAAUUGUCUUAACUUUAUUCUAGCUUAAUAUGAUGUAUGAGUUCUUAUUAAAUUUAGUUAUUCCUCAGUAUUUCAAAACUACACAAUAGAACAGUUGUAAUGGAAAUUUACUUGUUAAUCUGGAACGAUCUAAUAGCCAUGUAUUUAAUGCUUGAAAGGUACGGUUUAUGAAUUCUCUUUUUAAGUAUUGUA